AAAUAUAUUGUUCAUCUUCCGACCCAAGGAGGGGGUUAUUGGAAGGGGAAUAAAUUAGAGGGUAAGCGUUUUGAAAAUCUAGCUAUUCCUAUCAGCAGUUACAAAGAACUUGUUAAAUGUUUGUGUUCCGUUGAGUCGUUCGAUUCGACAAAGAAUGAGGAAAUAACUUGUUUUACAUAUAAUAUCAGGAAGAUGGAGUUGAGAGUCGGAAACAAGUACAGACUGGGCAGAAAGAUAGGGAGUGGUUCAUUUGGUGAUAUUUAUCUAGGUAUGUAUAUUUAUAAACGUUUCUUUAGGCCCUAGUUAAAUUAAUAAACUUGACCUGUUUUUCAUUUUGCUGUGUUACACUAUUUUGAUGUAGGAUGACAAUAAGUAUAAGCAAACCGUAAGAUGUGUUGUGUAACUUGGAAACUGUGUUCACAGGCUUUAUGAGAUUUAUUCAUUUGGCAAGACCAUCCUUGUUUCUCACUUUUUAUCUGUUGGGAUAUUUCAUUAUAUGACAACUAUUACUAGUCUAUCUAUUACUUGUUAUCGUCAAAUUCAUGUUUUUUAUUUUUGUGUGAUUUUUUUUUGUGUGUGCCUGACAUCACUGACUGAACCCAAUCACUGGCAUAAAUUUGGUAACCAAGGCUAUCCUAUAAUAUACUAUAUUUAUAUACUAAGGGUAAGUGUAUCACUUACCUUUUUGAUAGUUUUGGCUUUGGGUAUUUUGAUUACUGUUGAUGAUAUAAUUGUGAUGAUUCAAAUGUUUACUCAAACACACCUUUAUUUUGUUGACUCAUUCACCUAUGUCAUCAGUAGCCUAACAUAUUGUAGCAUAAAAUAGUAGUAACAAUUCAAUAACAAUGAAUAGGCCCAAUUCACAAAAAAUUAUUGGAUUGAUGUGGCACAAGUAUUAUUUAUAAUUUGUUAGCAGGUCCUGGCCUUUGUAAGAUUAUAUGUAAUAAAAAAAAUCCUGUGCAUUGCUUGGGCUUGGAAUUUCUGAAUUCAUCAUUUCUUAUUGGAGAUUAAUAGAUUUGGCCUUUGGCUAAAAUAGCUGUUAAGGAACUUCAUGAUAGCUAUUUUUGCAAUACAUCUAUUCUAUACUAUGUUAGUGUAGGAGUAUAGGCCUUCUCAUACUCAACUUAUGCUGAGAAUUUUCUGUAACUUUGGCAAGAUAUUACAAAUGAUAUUACAAUCUCUCUUCAAUUUGUACACACAGCCCCACCUUCCCCCCCCCCAAAUUGUUUAAAUUAUUUCUUAUAUACCUUGACAUGGGUGAAAUUGAAGGCAAUUCAAACUAUCAAAGUGCAAAGGGGAAUGAAAAACUAUAUUAUUUUUCUUCAUAGUUGAUCUAUUGCAAUGACUAAAUUGUUGUUUUGUAGUCACCAUCAUUUUUAGCAUUAGUUUAAUUUUGUCAGAUGUAGGCUGGAAAUUGAAUGGAAUAGGCUUAACUAAUAAUUUUGUUACUGUCUGUCUUAGUUUCUCAUCAUGCACUGUGUAAUGCAUAGAUUGAUUCUCAGAUGUGCAAGUGCAAGGUCUUUUUAAAAUGUCUCUCUAUUCUUAUUUCGGGGUCUUCCUUGUCAACUUUUUCCCUUGGGGGGGCAUUAAAUAAAUAGGCCUAAUGGCUUUUAAUAUGUGUUGCCCUGAACGGCUCAUUGUACAAAAAGCUAAUUUUGCUUCCAGUCAGUACUCUAAGCUAUUUAAGACUCCUUCAUUCAGUAGGUUGAGUAGGUUAAAUUUUCAAUAUUUUUGGACUGCUUUAGAAACAUUGUUCACAAUUUUUUUUAUUUAUUUGAUUUCAUAGAGUAUUGUUAAUUAUAAAGAAAUAAAGCUUUGUUUAUGCUGUCUUUAUCUUCAUAUAUUGAUCUAUUUGAAAACUUUGUUUGAAAAUAUCUUUUAGGCACAGAUAUAUCAAAUGGAGAAGAGGUGGCCAUUAAGUUGGAGUGUGUUAAGACUAAGCACCCACAGCUUCACAUCGAAAGCAAAAUUUAUAGGAUGAUGCAAGGAGGGGGUAAACAAACUUUUUGUCAGAUCCAUAUAAUAAUAGCUUAUUUAUUAGAGCUUAUUUAUUAGAGCUAUUUAAUAACUUAAGUGUAUGGUUUGGAACAAAUGGCAAUCUUUUAGCUAAUUAUUAACAGGGUUCCCUAGGUAGUCUGGAAAUAGUAGGAAUUUCCUUUACUUAUUUUCCUGGUCAUGAAGUAUCCUUUAAGGAUGUCUGCUGCUGCACCUAAGAAGAUCAUCUCUUAAAGGCAAAAGCUGCUCUUCUUCAAGUGGUUGCUCUAGUAUUACAACCAUUUCUUAAGUUAUACUAAACAGACAACCCCUAUCCUGUGAUUUUUUGGUAACAGACCAGGGAUGCUUGGUUCAGUCUCGUAUGUCAAGGUUUAUCAUAACAGAGUUAAUAUCGGAUUCCAAAACUGUAAAAGCUAUUUCAAGCUUAGAGGAAAAUAAUUACAUGGAUACCAGUUAAAUAAAUGAUGGAUUUUUUGCCUCCAGGGUUUUGCUGAACAAAGACCUGUCAGGUACACAAAAAUUCAAUUUUAGAUCAGAAUGGCAAGGCUUUUUUAAUUGCCACAGAUAAUGUAAAAAUCUAUCAUUUACCUACUAGUGAGAAAUAUGUCCUGGCAGGACCCAAGGCUCAUGGUUUCUUAAAAAGACAAGCUGAGCGCAAAACCUCUAUUGACCAGAGUCCUCAGAGUGAUGUGUGAGGCAAAAGGAGCUGUAGAACUUAUGCUCAAGAAUAAUGUCUAAUAGGUCCUUUAAAGAAUGAUGGGUGGACAGCAAUCAUGGUUGCACAAGUCAUUGCUGUUGCACUACAAUGGAUUUAUUGAUAUCAAGUAUAUUUUUAUGCCAUUUGGAGGGGAAAAUCUUAAAUAAACAUUCAACUGUUGAGAAUUCAUCUAUUUCAACUUCAGCUUUAUCACCUACCUUAGGUGUCCACUUUUACACCUUCUCAGUCAAGCUCCCAAUUUGUGUGUCCUCAUAUGAAACCCUCAUUGCAGAGAUGUUAUAAACACUAAAGUGUGUUUACUCAAACUAUUCAUUUUCAUCACAAGAAGAAAUCAUUGAGUCUAUAUAUGAAAAGAUGUUUUCCACUUGUGGUAGCAACGUGUGUGUUCUACCUCCUGGAGAACAAAUAGCAAAUGUUUUCCUUGCACUUUAAAAGUAAACAACUUUUCAAGUCUGAGUAAAUUGUAAAAUUGCAAUUGCUAGGAAAUUUAAUAAAUAUUAACAUAUAAUCACUUUUAUUGCUGAAUUUUGUGUGUGUCUGUGUUGUAUUUCAAUAUUGUGUUUACUUAAAAACAUUAUUUAAUUAAUCUUCUUGUUUAUAUAUUAUCAACAAAACCAUGGCAUUACAAUGGUCAGAAUUUUUUGUUUUAAAAAAGGUAUUUAGUUUUUGAGUGGUAACUAUGUAUUAAUUCAAGUUAAUUCUAUGCAAUUAUAAUAUCAAUCUAAAUUUGGGUUUUUCGUUGACGGAUAUUUUAAUUUAAAUAUCAACGAUUUUUUUAAAUUUAUGGAGUUCAAAAAUAUAUAGCGCUACAGGCAUGGAUGGAAAAUAUGCAGGAAGUACAAGGAGAAUUUUUAAACCAAAGUAUACUAAGUGAUAGAAGUUGCCUUGAUUAAAUGUUUUACCUCCUUGAAGCAAUAGGUGAUGUAGGAUUUAAGUACACACUGGAUGAAAAAUAUUCGGCCGAUCACCUAAUAUCAAAUUGUCAUUAUGUUACCAGUGAUCAAAAUAAUUUAAACUGGCUCAAGCAAACAUUAACAUGCACAAUUUUGAGUGGUUAUGACACUUAGUAAUUCUGAAACCAAGCUGCAAUAUUCUGCCAUAAUGGCUAGGAAAAAAAUGAAGCAAUUUCAGGUUGUAUCCGUAUUUGUUCUUGCCAUUAUUCAUUAAUUUUUCCCAAACCUGAUGAAAUUUUGUUUUUUCAUUAUCAGUGGGUAUUCCAACAAUCAAAUGGUGCGGAGCAGAGGGUGACUACAAUGUUAUGGUCAUGGAGCUUCUUGGCCCUAGCCUUGAGGAUCUGUUCAACUUCUGUUCACGGAAAUUUAGCCUUAAAACAGUCUUGCUUUUAGCAGAUCAGCUGGUAACUACAUUUUGAAAGUUUUUUUUAUUAUUAUGCUAGUCUAAAUAUUGAAUAACUAGAAGAUAUGACCCAAUGUUACUGGGAUAAUAAUGGAAUGCAUUUUGAGAUACUUGCUAUUAGGAAGUCUGAUUUUUUUUUUUUUCUUAUAUAACUGAAUAGGGUUUUGAUGUUUUGUAUUCUCAAAAAUAAAUAAAAGAACCAACAAUAUUCCACACCUAUUUAUAAAUUUUGUAAAUAGUGCAUCAGACUUUCCUUAUUUUUUAAAGGAAUUAUAUAUGUAUUGAUGUCAAUCUUGUCUAACAUUCAGUUUUGAGAAAUAUUUAUCUAUUAUAUAAUAUAAUUCUACUCUACUGCAAAUAAACAAGACAAAUUUGUUCUCAAAAUUAUAAAAACAUGUCCUUAAAUUUACCCCAAAAAUCUAAAUACUUUUAAAACAUCUUCAAUAACGAAAAUUGAUAAACUGGUAUUUUCUUUAAAAAUUUAACCAAUCUUUUGCCACCUUUCACCAUUAUAUUAUCGGAAAAUUGUAAAACACAGAAGUCUUGUAUCUAAAGAAAAAUCUCUUAACCAAUUUUCAUGUCUGUAACAACCUUUUUAUUAAAGAAAUAUUAUUAAUCUUUUAAAAAUUGAUACCAACUUUUCCAAGAACUUUAUUUUUAGCAAAAGGGAAGCAAAAAUAGAUUUUAAUUUUUUGAAAGAAAAUCUUAACCCAGCUUUGUUGACACCCCUGAAUUGUAAAUGAAAACAAAAUUAUGGCAAGAUUUUGUAGCUUAAAUUUUCACAUACUUAAAAUGAUUGGGUUUUGAGAUAUUUUUAGCCAUAGAAAUAUGUUCCCAUUCUCUUUGAAAUGUAUGUCUUGAAAUAUUUAGAUUAUAUUUUAAUAUAAACAUAUUGUUUAUCCUCAUAAGUAUGUGCCUGUCCUUAAUCCUCGCCCUUGAACUGUAUCUUUUGAAAGUUAGUAAAAGCUUGAUGUCCUUAGUUGCAAAGAAAAAACACAUCCUAUAUUUUACCCUUUCCAACUUUUUGGAGGUAUGGGUACCGGUAUACUUAAGUAAAUGUACAUACUUGCACUGUUUUUUCUUAAAUAAAAUAAGUUUAUUUAAAAGAAAAUAUCACACUUCUUUUUGACAACAGUCAUAUCAGAUUUACAGAUUUUUAGUUAUCCACCUGAAAAUGUACACAUUUUCUUUCCUCUUUUCUCUGCUUGAAAUGUGUUUCUUAGAAGGUUAAAUAUAUUAUUUCAUUAUUUUUAAAGCUAUCUAUAUACCAAUUACCAGUUUGUAACAUAUUUUUGCUUUGAGAUAUUACAAUACUUAUGGUGGCAUCAUAUGUGCUGUCUGGGGGUAAAACUAUAAAUUCCAUCCCCUGCACACAAAUAUUUUUAAAGAUUUUAAGAAAUAUUAAUAAAAGCAGCCCAGGGAUAAACUCUUAUGUUGCUAACUCACACUUUUUGUUGGCCUCUAAGCUAAAUAAACAUUAUAAAGGGCUACAUUUUCAAAAUAAUAAUUAUAUUUAAAUGCUUCUUUUCGUUUAUGUUCAAAAAUGUUUAUUUUCAAAUUGGAGGUGAUUUUUAAUGGGCCCCAAAAAUUAUUUUUAAUAAACUUUCAAAAUGUAUAAACAGAAAAUGGUAAAAAUCCAUAGUUCACAAGUUUGUUAUAAAUUAUUUAUAUGCCCAUAUUCAAGUCUGUACUGUUUUUGGGUUUUGAGAUAUUCCUGUGAUAGAAGAAACAAUGUCACUCAAAUACAUAAAAUCCUUUUAAAAUGUAAAAAAGCACUAACAAUAUCUCAUUUUUAUUACAGAUCAGCAGAAUAGAAUAUAUCCAUUCAAAAAAUUUUAUCCACCGUGAUGUCAAACCUGAUAAUUUCCUCAUGGGCCUUGGAAAGAAAGGCAAUCUAGUGUACAUUAUAGACUUUGGCUUGGCCAAAAAGUAUCGUGAUGCAAGGACACAUCAACAUAUACCCUACAGAGAGAACAAAAAUUUAACAGGAACUGCCAGAUAUGCCAGCAUCAAUACUCACUUAGGGAUUGGUAAGUACUUUGAAUUUCUUCUUAAUCAAACUAUGGUUAUUAGGAUAAAUAAACAAAAAUUUCCUUUUCUUUAAAAGUGCGCUCAUAAACUUUCUUAGAUAAUUCGCAUUUAUUUAUUUUUUCUCUUUUAGAGCAAAGUCGGAGGGAUGAUAUGGAAUCUUUAGGCUAUGUGUUCAUGUACUUUUUGAGAGGAAGUUUACCAUGGCAGGGCCUAAAGGCAGCAACUAAACGUCAGAAAUAUGAACGUAUUAGUGAGAAGAAAAUGUCAACACCUAUUGAGGAAUUGUGUAAAACUUUUCCAUGUGAGUUUUUCCCUAUUUUUAAUUUCUUAAUUCAUACUUUCAUUAUUUUUUUUUUAUGUUAAUUAUAAAUUAUUAAAAAUAUAUUUUGUUGUAGAUGCACUAAUUUUUUUUUUUAUCUAAGUGUGUUGUCUUCAUUAUUUAACCUGCCAUCAUAAAUUUUGAUGCUUAUUUCUCCUCAGCUGAAUUUGCCACUUACCUUAAUUUUUGUCGAUCAUUAAGGUUUGAUGAUAAACCUGACUAUUCCUACCUUCGACAACUAUUCAGAAAUUUAUUCCACCGGCAAGGUUUCACAUAUGAUUAUGUUUUUGACUGGAAUAUGCUCAAGUUUGUAAGUAUUCUUUCAGUUCGUAUAUUUUUGCAUUUGGUCUUUUAUUUGCCUGAUCAACUGAGUAAAAAUAAACUAAAAAUAUAAAAAUAUUAGAAGUGUUAUUAUGGAAGAGCCUAAGUAAGAAAUUUUCUUUUCAUUUAAUUUUUACUGUCACUAUAGCCGAAUCACACUGUUUAAAUAUUUUAAAUUAAAGACAAACUCAUUCAGAUAUGUUCUCAUCAACUAAAAGAGGUCUUUACCCUUUUCUGGUAGCAAACUAAAGUAAAACUUAGUUUUAGUUUUUAAUCUUAAAUUGAAUUGCUCUUAAUGUUUUGUCAUGUUUGUAUGCAUUUUUAUCUUAAAAAGAUAACAUCAAUAAUGUUAAUACAUACUGUAGGGAGGAAGAGGCACAGAAGAAUUAGAGCGAGAGCGUAAAAUGCACAGUUCCACAGCUCGGGCACCUGUUACUGCCGUGCCAAGACGCACUGACCAAAUGGUAGUACAACCAGGGCCUAACUCAGGGGACUUCAACAGUAAGUACCAUUUUUUAAAAAAGAAAGAAAAAAAAAUCAGUAGUAAAAACUGAUUUGUUUGGCCACUUUAUUCCUUAAAUAGAAUGCUUUUUUGUGGGAUUGCUGACACUGAAGACACAGUUUGGCAGUGUUGAACCCUUGGUUUUAUACAACAAAAUUAUCUCACCUGUGUGAUGCAUCUUGCUGCUAUUUUAUAUGUGUUGGGAUUUGAGAAAAAAGGUUAUGUUUAGUAAUCAUGUUUUGUCCUAUCUUAUGUUUUGCCCCACUGUAUAGUCAAUCUUUUGUUUCCCUCUUUCUAUCCUAGCCAAUGUCCUGUAAAGUAAAGAAAACCCAGUUAGCACAUGAUUUGUAUGUAAAUAUUUGUCUAUAUAAAUAUCUACUACCUAUACAUUCUUGGGAGCUAUUUAACCUGCAUAAAUUAAUGCUUUAAAUAACUACUGCUUAGAAUCUUUCAAGUGCUUAUAUAGCUAUAUUGUCACAUUAACAGGUAGCAUAUUAUUCUGGUACCCAACCAACAAUUUUUAUCUACAAUUCUCACUUUCAUCUACCUAUUUUGUUACUGAUUGAAAAAAAUAGUUCUCUUUGAUGUUAUGUACUUUAUUAUUUUACACAAAUCAAAUCUUAUAGUAUUUUAUCCAAACCAAAUUUGACAGCUCUAUCAGUUCUUUUGUGUACCAGUAGAUGACAUCUUACCUCGGUAGAGGCAAUGUAGUUUCUCAUUAUAUGAAAUGGAUAUGAAAACAAUUCAUUACCAGUUUAACCUGUUACUCUCUGUAUAGCUUAUCUAUGCGUAACCAUUUUGUAUGUUAUAGUGCUCUCCAAUCCGAUAGUUUUUUAAAAACAAUUUUAAAGUUUAACUCUUUCUCUCCGGAAUUAUUUUCUGCGUUCUGACGGAAUUAUCUAUUUUGCGUUUUUGUAACGCACCACUAUAUUGUCUCGAAACCUUCAUAACUUUUUUGGUUUUUUUAUCAGAAAGUGCUUAGCUUGGUAUAGAAUUAAAGGAGAAUGUAUGCCCUUUACAAGCAAACCAGACUUUGGUUUACAUUUUAAUAUAUAAAUGUGAUUAUCAUUUCAGAAAAAUAAAAAAUAAAAAACUUAACUGUUCACGAAACGCUCAUUCCAAGUCACACGAGAAAUAUAUAAUCCAAAGUGUAACAAAAAAUUAUUUUUUUCUGAACUAUAUCCAUAUGUGCAUCACACAUAAUAAAGAUCAACUAAAAAACUUAAGGAAUUAAACCUCAGAGCACAUUAUCCAUUGUCACCGUCACAUAAAAAAUUUGCAAAACAAAAUUAACUAUUUCCAUUGGAUACAAUUUGUUGCUAUUAUAAAAUAUUUGCACUGUAUUCUUGUAUGUACUAACAUUUAUAAUGGUAAAUGGAACAUUUUCCAUACAUUUUUCAUAUCUUUUCAUCUGUUUUUAGCUAUGGUAAGCCUAAAAACAAUUCAUAAUGAUGUGCACUUUAGCUGGGGACAGGGCUGGUUGUUCAUCAGCUGAUGAAUUACCAAUUUCAUUAUUUCGUCACUAGUACUACUAAUACUAGUUCUAGGAUUAUAAUCAUACUAUUUAAAAGGAAUCAGCUUCUGCAUUUGAAAUAAUAAAAUCACUGUCUGAAUCAUCAUGAGGGUAAUAUUUUGAACCUUAAUUAGAUCAAUCACCAGAUGGGUCAGGUCAAGAUUUCAUGUUUGUAAACAAAAAUAAAGUGGACGAUCGUAACAACCGCUUCAAACACUUCGUUCUCUGCCAAACCUCUUUCAAACACCGAAAAACCGGAUGUUUAUACAAAGGGAAAUUAUUCUGGAAUUGAUUUAAAAUAACUAAAAACCAAUAGCUAAGAAAAGAGCCGAAAUAAACAGGUUUUUAUACAUCGAUGGGAGCGUUGUUCCGGAGAGAAAGAAGAAAAAUUUCUAAAUAAUAUAGCACGAGUACACUUUUCUUUUAUCCUAAAUUCCGAAACAAUUAUGCUCUACAUUGUUAUGUAUGCUUAACUUUGUCUUUAAGCUUUAGUCUUUCUGUAAAUAUUACUUAAGAAAAUAAAAUGUAACUAAGGUAUAUAGUUCAAUUACAGGGGCUAAUAAAAUUCCUUUGUGCGUAAAUCCUACUGUAUUUUUCUCUCUUAGGUUUAGAGGGUCACAUUGGUACAUUUUUUAAAAUGCUUUUAUAAUUUAUCAGAGCACGCACAGUAUUUAGAGUGGCUUUAGAGAACUGUUAAUUUUAGUUUAAAAUGUUUUCUGACAAUAGUACUUUGUGCUUCAUGUUAUGUGAUUGUUUCAACUUUUAUUUGUAAUUAUAGAAUUGUUUGUGGCAUUUUGAGAGAUACAUCUACUAAACUUUUAUGUAUUUAUCUAUUCUUUAUAAUACUGGUAUUUUGGUAUAGAUGAGUUUCAUCUCUUUCAUUUUUAAGUAGAAUUCUCCAGAUAAUUAAAGGCGUUUAAGACAGCCUUAUUUUGCCCUGUGUAUAUUGUCUUUUCCACAUAUUCAUAUAAAAAUAAAGUCAUGAAUGAUUAAAUAAAUUUUGGGGACAUUUUCCAAAAUGUUGUUCUUUGCACUCAUUUAAUAGCGAUGUAUGUUCCUUAUUUCUAAAAAUUCCAUUGUAGUGUCACUAUGAAAUUGAAAUGUUUACCUUUAGAUAAAAAGCAUUUUAACAAAUUCAAAAUCCCAUACAUCAGGAUUAAGCUUUUUAUUCUCUAACGUUACUUUAAGAUAAUGGUCAUGACUGACACACAAUGCUUAAUAAUUUAAAGUUGAAUAUUUAGUUUUCAGAUCAAAUCACUUAAAAUGGGUGCUUUUUUAGUUUUGAUUCAAACUUUAUGUAUACUCAUAUUUUAAUAGCUAAAAUAUAUAUUUAUGAUAGUCUGCUUCCAUUUAAAUUGUAUUUAACUUUGAAUAUUAAUUUUAUUUAGUAUUUUAUUGGAAAAGGGCUUAACAGUUCUAUGCGUUAAUUAAAAGAAAUACUUGUCUUGUAAAGUGCAUGCCAUCUUAAUCCUGUCUGGAAGUCUUUGAUUUCAGUGAGUUUUAUACUUUUUUUUUUUUCAUUGUUUUGAUGCCCCAAUUGUUAGUUUAUCCAUUAAGGACAAAGCUGUGUGUUAUAUAAAAAUUGCUAUUGAUCAUAUUAUAUACAUGAUGAUUUUAUUCAUUUGUAGAUGUGACACCAAAUCAAAAUAUCUACAAGUAGUGCCCUCUUUGCCAUUAAAAAAAAAUAUGCACAUGCAUAUUUAAUCUUUUUGUUUAAAAAAAGAAAUUAAAAUAUUAAAUAGAUUAAACAGAUUAUGUACUUUUGCAUCUUUAUAGGUUGUAAUUUUAUCAUUGAAUUGUUUGCAAAUUUUAAUCCCUCCCUAUGCUUUGCAUGCUGUAAUUGUUUAAGCAUUUUCAUAAGUGGCUUUACUCAGUGAGAAAAGGUUAUGAUUUUUAACAAUGCAAAUUCCAUUUCUGUAUUAUAGUAUUAUGCUUUAUGAAAUUAUAGAGUUCCUUAUCCUUAAAUCACACUAAUUUCAUUCCUGACAGAUAGGUUGCUAGUUACGAUUUAUCAAAUUAUGUCAAUAUCACUAUUUUUCAAACAUUUUAUCCAAAAGUACCAGAAUGUUACUUUUAAAACUAGAAGCAAGCUAUGGCUAAGUGCAUGAACCUCCUAUCUGCUCAAGUUACUUGACAAAACAUGCAUUCAAGUAACACACUUAAUGAGAAUCUCAAUUAGUGCUAACUUCUGGAAAUUUUAUAUUGCACACCUAUUGAACACAGUCUUACAGCCAUACAUGAAUACCUUGAGAAUUACUAUUUCAAAAAAAUAAUUUUUUUUCCUCUCUGUAAACUUUGGAUGUUUCUUUAGUGUCUUAUUUAUUGGCACUAAUUAUUCUAUUAAAUGUGAAUAAAGUUAAUGAACUUGGUGCAUUUUACAUAUGGUUUCUAAUAUUGUUUCUAGUUCUAAUAAAAUAUUUGAUUUGUAGUGGAAAUUUUGCAUUUAUAAAUUACCAAGGAGCUUAUUGUGGUAUACACUAUUUUUUUCAGUAGCAUGUGAUCUUAGUGAAAUAAACUCAUCUUAUAUUUAAUACAUUAUUUAUAAUCCUUCCUAAAAAAUUAAAUUUCAUAGCUGAUUUUAAGAGUAUUGUUUCUUAAUUAGUGUCCUUAUCAGUUUUUAUUCUAAAAGAUAUUAAACAAAUCAUGGGUGAACUUUUAAAACAUAUUGAUGAGGCAAUAUGUAAAAAUUAUUUUUAAAUUGAAAAUAGAAUAGGCCAGUGCAGCUUAAUUUUAAUGAAAGUAUUCUGGGUUGAUUUUACUCUUUUUAUCCUGCCCAAUAGCUUCAAUCCAGUUGUGUGAACAAAAUGUUUUAAGCAAAAAAUAAUUCUACAGAUACAACUCAAACUUAUCAGAUAGUUCUUUUUUUGUAGUUGGCCGUCUGAUAAUUUAAUUUAUCUUGAUUGCAUUAAGCGUUUUUGUAUCACAUUACAAGAGUAAUUUCCUAUAAUCUUACCCUAUUGGUAUUUUCUUUUAAUGCAUGAAGAUUUUUUUACCCACAUUAAAUUACUACUGGUUUUUUACUUUAAAUGUAGGUAAUUUAAAAAGGGGACAGUCAAUUAUGUCACUCUGAUGCAUUGUUUUUCUUCCAUAACCUCUCAUUUAGAUGUAAGAGGUCAUUCAGGGAGGGCAAAGGAACGGCUUCCAGUACGACUCUCAUUGACUACAAAAGGCUCAGAAUCUCAGGAAGCUGUUGCUGGGGAGAGUCGAGUUAGUGAGCACCUAGCUACACCAUCUUCAGGGGGGCGAAUUAGCUUUAAGGGUUCAGGACUACCUGUUCCAGUGGGGACUACAGAUGGCUCAAAAUUCAGACGCAUGGCCGCUGAUGGACAAGCAAAAGGAAAACGUUGAUUAUACAUUCAUAUAUCUGGUUACACUGGAAUUAUAUAUGAUCAUGUGCAAUGGUUAUGGAAAGUUUAUCACAAAGUGAAUUUGACAGUUAAAGGAUGUCAUUUGUUAAAAGAAAGGGGGCAAGGAUUUUCUUUUGUGAAGCAAUAUUUUCAAAUAAGUUUUUGUGAGUCCAAUUUAUUGUUUCUACACUAGUAGUUAAGUAACAUAAUGACACACCAGAUAGAUUAUGUGAAAUGGGAUUUAUGUGAAAUGCUGUUUUAAAGGUAUAUCAUAUUUAACAAACACAUGAUUUUUGUGUGGGUGCUGUUGGAGAGUUGCUAAGCAUAUUUCCUCUUAACAUUUGCUCUUGCAACCUUAUGCUGUCAUUAGCAUAAUUAUUUUAUAGAAAAUUGAUUACAAGCAUUUGUUUCCCAUCAGAAGUCAAAUUCUCAGAUUUUCCUUUAAAUCCUAAGUAAAUUUUUCAUUUCAUUUGAAAGAAUUAUUGUACUAUUAUCAUUGUUUAAUACUUGUAUAUUUUAUCAAGCAGCAUUGUACAUUUUUUGUUUUGUGAGUGGGUUUGUUAAGGUCUAAAACUAUGGUAUAUCUGUUAACAUUAGACAUUUCAAUAUUGUAAUAUUGUGCGCUAGAAACAUUUUUGAAAGCUCAUUUCUAGAAUUGAACUAUGAAAUCAAUAAUUCAUCUCUUAAAUAGCUUCAGCAUGUCUAUAAUUUUUUUAAAGUACAGACAAGGCAUUCCAAUAGCUGUUUCAAUGUUGUUAAUUCUCCCUCUCCUCUUUGAAUCAAGAAAAUGGGUUGAAAAUAAUUUUUUUUUGAGUAGUAAUAGUUAUUGGAUUCUAUAAGCUCUGACUUUGGGGAAAAUUAAGGUGCUUUUAGAUUUGUGACUGUAAUGUUUUUUUGUGGUAUUGUAUAAUUUUGUAAAUACUUGUACAAUUUUUACUGUACAUACUUUGUUCUUGUAUAUAAAUAUAUAAAAUUCUUUGACUGUUUUUUCUAAUCUUAUGUUAUGAUACAACAAGAGACUAACAAGCUGGUCGUGCCUGAAUUGUAAAUGUUUUAAAAAAAGAAUAGGACUAUAGGUCAACUAAUUUACUUAAAUUCUUCCGUAUUCAAAACUUUUCAAUAGGAUGAUAUUAAUUAAAAUUUGAGAUGUGUGAUUUAAAAAAAAAUCUUAAUUUAACUUAUGUUUGGUCUUGUAUAUCUCUUUUUAAAACCCUUUAAAAUAAUUCAAAUGAAAGACUUUUAAGGAUAUUGAAUUUUAACCUUAUAUUUGUCAAGUGCAAUGUCUCUGUGACGCCAACCAAUACUAUAUGACUGUCAAGUUCAUUCGCUCAGAGAGGUCACUCAUUUUUAACAUUUAGAUAUGCUUGCCUAAAAUAAAUUGCCAUAAAAAUUGAAUUUUACACACACUAUCAUUUAUACAUUUUCUUAAAGUGCAUUGGAUAAGGAAUCUUAUGAUUUUUCCGUUUAUGAAAAUUAUAGGGUUAACACUUGCCCUGACCUUGAUCUCUAUUUUAUGUAUGGAUGUGUUUAAAUAAUUUAAAUAAUUUUAGACUUUUCUAUCAAUUAAAAAUUCAUUUUCUGUGAUUACAAUCCACCCCUAUCCAAAAUCUAGUAAUUUCUUAACUUUUUUCUUUUAAAAAAAAAACUUCACUUAAAAUGUAGAUUCUGAUCAUUUUCUUAAUUUAAUUUUUGUGUGUGUGUGUGUGGUUUUUUUUUCUUUAGGGUAUAUUUGUAGAUUUACCAAACUUCUUAUAACUAUUAGCAUGUUGUUGGUAUUUAUGUGUUCAAGUUGAAAAGACUGUUUCACACACUUACGUUCAUUUUUCUCUUAAAAAUGGAUUUACAAAAAAGGUGAAUAAUUUUACAAGUGCUUUCAUUUUACAAAUCCAAAUAGAAGCUUCUUUUUAAUCUAUUGACAAAAAAAAACUAGCUGAAAUAAUGUUUGUGCUAAGUUUUAAAUGCUUGAUCUCCAAAAAAAACAUAGAUUGGUUAGUUAUUGCUAACUUGUGUGUUAGAGUAACACAGUGGAACCCAUCUUUAAUGUGUGAAUUGGGUUCAUAAAAUUAAUUAAAUUGGAUUGCAUACAAGAAGGGUUUUGUGCGAAGAUUGUUAAAAAUUUGAAAAAUAGAAAGUUGGGUCAUGCCAUUAAAGUUUACGGAUUUUAAUAUUUCUUGCAUCUAAUGAGCUUUGUGGUGUUGCCAUUUUCUAGUUUUAAUGGAUGUGUGAUUGUGUUGUAGAAUACAUUUUUAAAUCUUUUUUUCAUGCACUGAUAAAAAAAAUUGUGUGAAUGAAUAUAUGAAAUUUGAGGACCGUAUUUUAUCCCCAUUCGGGUUAUUUUUAGGCACAUUUCAGCGGGGUUUCACCAAGUUAUAUUUUGUUUGUUGUGCAUAAUGAGACUUAAAAUAAAAUGAAAAAGAGGGUAAGGUGCCAAAUUUGAUAAAUUUGCAUAAUAAUAUGAAGGCAUUGACAUUUAACUUGCUGUUAAAGCUGUAACUUGCUGUUAGUAACUUGCUAUAUUUAAAGCUGUGGAUAGAUGAAUCUCCGAUGAGUCUACUAGUAUUUUGAAGUUAUUCAGCUCCUGUCUGUUAAACAGAUUUUUAUUUUAAAAAAGUACUAACUCCUAGCUUACUCUAUAAAUAUAUAUAUAAAUAUACAGUACUUGCAAUACAUUUCAUAUUUUCAGGCUCCUGUUUUUUAAUAGUAUUUUCAUUUUAUAAAUCUUUAAAGUCUAAUUUAUCUUAGUGCAUACUUUUUUUUCCCAGAGUGACUGAAUUUACCACUUUGAAUCUUUAUAACCUUGUUCAGUUUUUCAUUGUGUAAUUUGUGUAUUUGGAUUUUAGCAAAUGGAUGAAAUGUAUUUGUGUGAAUUUAAUCAAAAAUUAAUAAAUACAAUAGAUAUUCUAUGUCAACAUAAAAGAUGUCGUGUGCACAUACUACCAAAUGAACUCUUUCUAUUCUGAGGAAAUGAUAGGUUCUAUAGAACCUUACUAAUUUCAAAUGAAGUGGCGUGUUAGGAUUUGAAACUAAAUUUUGAAAUUGCAAAGGAUUUAAAUUGAAGCUGACAAUGGAGAGGGUGUCAAAAGUACCAUGUGUUGUUGCAAACAUGAGAAAGACUUGAAAUAUGAGUCCUUUUUAUUUUGGUGUCUUAGUCUUAGAACCCUUACACUGAAUUACCAAGUUUCUACUGUAAAAUUUCAUCUUAAUUAUUUUUAACCUUGCAAUUUUAUCUUUAAAAAAAUUACUAUUAUAUUUUUAGUCGGUGGUGCAUGAUUGUUAUACUUGUUAAUUUUAAGUUUUGCGUGUGCAUUAUUAUAUAUGCCAUUUCUUUUUUGUUAUUAUUCAAUAAGCUUUUUGCACCUUUGACGUUUAAAUAAUUUUUUUUUUCAGAAUUAGAAAACCAAUAGAAAAUUGUCUUGGCUUUGAUAAGAAAAGCUUCAACAGUCCCAAUAAAACGCUAUAUUUUUAAAUAAAACAUAUGGAGUAAUAGAAUUCAGUUAGUUGGACACAAAUUUAAAAUGUCUAGAGUGUUUGUUCACUUACAUAUGAGGCUAAUGCACAUCUGUACAUAAGUACUACCAUUUAUUUGGCAUCUGUUUGAUAUGUGCUUAGAUAUGUACAUGUCUUAUGUUGUGAUAAGUCAACAACAAUAAAAGCAACAACAAAAUACAUGAUUUAUUUAAUAUCUUAUGAGUAAAGAAUGCAAGUUGUGUUAAGUUUCUUCUUCUGUCUCCUUUUUUUAAAACUCCCUCUAGCCUCAGGUUGAACUGCUAUAAUGGGCCGUACAUUCCCUAUUAAAGGCUUGACAUCUACCAGAAAUAUCUUCAUCCAAUUUCAUGCUUAUGAGAAUUUUAUCUUGAAUCUGGUGUUUUCUAGUGCCUUAAUAGGAAAAGUCAGUCAAAACCUUGCUAUUGUUGCCUUCCUGUCUGUAGCUUUGGCAUACUUUUUGUAUGAUGAAUUUGGAUGCACUGGAUUGACAUCUUCAUUGUGGGGUCAGUUUUUUCAGCACUCUACAGUCAAUGGUGAUAGGUUUCAUUGGAAUAUCUUUCAAUUUUACAUGGUAGCGCUUACAGAUAAACAUGUUAAACUUUAAAUGCAAUGCUAACAAAGACCAAUUAAAACAGUAAAAAUUGUGUGAGUUUGUCGGUACGUGGAAUGAAUUGACAUAUAAAUCAGUUGACAGUUGAAGAUAAAUAAUAAAAUAGCGAAAUUCUCAUUUCAGUCACUACCUUAUUUUAAAACCAUCUGUUAUAUAAAAAUAAAUAAAAGGUGCAUUUCCCAUAUCUAACUAACUUUCACAGAUACCUCACCAAGGCCAAUUUCAAGAGAGCGAGAGCGGCGUACCAGUACUCGCUUACAUCGUGGUAUACCAACAAGUUCAGACAUGCAAAGGGAGUCAACACGCAUGUCCAUGGGACAGACACAGCAAGGCAGCAUUAUAUCUGGUCUUGCACAAGGUGUUGUAGGCAGACGAGAGAGUGGAUCCAGAGAAGAUGUCCCUCGUUCAGGAUCAUCAAAACAUGUGCGCAAAUAGCUUUUUUUUCUAAAUUUAAAAUGUAUGCAAAUUUACAUUGUUGAUCGAGUUUAAACUUUGAAGCUUAUAAUCCAAAUUCCAUGGAAAAGUAUUUUUAUUUAUGUUUUGUGGUAAAUCAAUUCAUUUUAACUUGCAUAUAAUUGAGGAGGGUGUCCGCAUAAAUCUUAGUGUCUAAGGUAAAUAAAACUUACAAAUACUUAUCAAAGAAAAACAAGAAUUUGUUACUCUGAGUGACCUGUGUGAUGAUGUUAACCAAAGCAAAUCUCUAUGAAAAUGAACUACUUUAUCAUACUGUUGACUAAAAAAAACUUUUAACAAUGCAGAAACCCAAUAUUUUAUUAAUGUUUAAAAAUAUUUUAAAAAGUCCAAGUGCACAUUAUGUUUUACAACUUGGUUCAAGAUUUUUUAAAUAACCAAAAGAGUAGAUAGUAAAUUUAUAAAAAUUAUCUGUAAGUCUUUGAUUAAGCUUAUAAGUACAUUUUUUAUAAAUUCUUUUAUAUAAACUACAAGUGAAAAAAACUUGCAUGAAAUGCAUGUAUGCAGUUUCGGCACAUGUUUUCUUGAAACUAAUGUUACUAAAACAGACCUGUGAUUUGGUACAAAAUGAGGAACUUAUUUCCUAAUCCAUUAGCCUGGUUUGCUAGGGGCACUAUUAGCAGCUCAACUUGUAAUACAUUCUCUCAACUUAGGUUUAUAAAAUACUAUAGCUAGCUUUCUUCAGUUCCCAAAUGAGUGAUCAUCUUAUCUCAGUGUAAAAAAAAAAGCAAUCUACUCCAACCCAUACUGCAAUGAAAAGAAAUGAUCAGAUUCUUCAAAGGGAAUAAAAAUUAAUCUCAGAUUUUUAAAAUAAUAUUGCUGCAUUCUUGUAAAGAGGAAAUGAAUUCUUGCCAAAUCUAAUAAAAUAAGUGUGACUAAGUGCCACAUGUUAAUAAGGUUGAAACAAAAUAAAGUUAAUUUUUUUAAAUCGUCUUAUGGUAAAUAAAGAAAACAAAGAAUAUUUGAUGUGAUGUGGGUGAAAUUUCUAGGUUAGUACUGUAGAAAGAAAACGGUGUCAGUUCAAAGUUUAAAGAUCUGUUUUGUAUGAUUAUGUUGCAUAUAAAGUAAUUUUAUAAUGCUUAUGCUUGUGGCAACUAACGCAAAUGUAUCCUUAACAUAAAUAACAUUGGCAAUCAUACAAAUCAUGUGUAUAAAACAACGUUACUUAUGGCUAUUUUAACUUUUUAAAAUUAAUAGUUAUACAUUACAUGGAGUUUUAAUACAAUUAAUUUGUUGGUGCCAAACACUAUCAUCAGCUCAAGAAUAACCCUUCUGUUUUCAUUUUUCCCCCCUUUGUUUUACUAGGUAGGGUAUAAUAAAUAAAUGAAAGAAGAAAAAAAGAGGUGCCAUCACUACUUCAUGCAAGCAUCCUGUGAAAGUAAACAACAGAGUAAGUCUAUGAACUACCAGGAUUGAUGGAGUUUCUCAAGCUUUCAAAGAGGGGAGUUGUCCAGAGUCGCAAGCAACAAUAAUAUCUAGAAUAAUUUUACUGUGUAUAUCCAUCAUGGUUUUAAAAAGUGUGGGGUAUGAUUUCACUUUCAAUUUGGCUGAAUCCUAUGAGAUCUCUCAGGUUACUGUGAUCCCAACCAACAUUCAAAUCACUUUUCUAUCCUGAGACUAGGAAAGGUCCAAUCUUAUGUUGAUGUCCUCAAGGAAACUGAACUAUUUGCAUAGUGCAUUUGCGUCUGCUAGGACUAUAUAUCGAACACUAGUAUGAAUUUAUAAGCCAUCUGCAAUAUUAAAUCAUAUAUAAACUGAGUGUUAAAAAGGUAUGUAUCCUGUCUAAAUUUAAAACUUAAUUUGUUUUUAAGUUUCAAGAAGCCAUUACCAAAUAAAGAGUCACACAGGAGCUGCCAUAUUUAUAUUACUACUCCUCUCCUCGUUUGAGUCUUACAAACUUACAAGUUUUAACAUUUAAAAAAAAAAAAUUGAUAUUGUAUCGGCUUUAUAUGGAGUCUCACAAUUUGCUUUACUGUAGCUAUUAUAAGAAAAAGAGUUAAUAGUCGAGACUUCUGUAACUCUUUGGAAUCAAGAUCUGGCUUUAGAAAAAUUUGAUUUAACUCAGUAAAUAAUUAAUAACUUGGUCAGUUUAACGAAAUGCUAAAUAUUCAAAUUAAUAUUACAUUAUUAUUGGGUGUAUGUAAAAAUAUAUAUAUAUUUUUUUUGAAUGGAAUAUGCCAAAGCUUAUUAUAUUUUGUAAUAAAGGUUUCCGUAGUCAUGCUAACAGUAUGCAAAGUUGACUUUGUUAUUUCACUAUAGCAAACAACUCUCUUUGUCUCUUUAUGGCCUGUUAAAUAUGGAAUAUAAUCAACUCUUGGGUUAGGCUAGAUCACAAAUAAGUGCUAACAAAUGUUUUAAGUUUUGACUCGAUCGCAAUUCAUUUUUCACAAAUCUCCAAUUGUACAGUUAAACUCAAAUCAUACUAAAAGACUGGUACUUUUUUUUUUUAGUGUGUAAAUACAAUGCAUAAAUUUAUGUUUAUUUUUAUGAAUGCAUGGAAUGAAUGAUGACUUUAAAUGUAUAUUCUCUUUCCAAAUAUAAAUAUAUUAAAUAUUUAGUAUUGUUUUGGAUUUACUGGUAGUGAUUUGAAAUAUUAAGCAUCAUAUAUAUCUAUAUAUAUAUAAAAAGGAUAUAAGAAUUCCAUGACCAGUUCUAUGCAGUUAAAAUUGGAUAAGUUUUGUUUACACAAAAUUGUGUUAAGGACAUCUCAUUAUCAACACCAUUUAUACUUAAAAUUUCCUGUAUGUUUGGGCAACUGUGAUUUCUUAAAAAAAAAAUUUUUUUACCGGUCACUGAAAGAUUAAGCUUACAAGCAUAUUGAAUGAACUGCAACAGGGGUGGGCCACCAUGGCUUGCUUGCCCCUCAGUGAAUUUUUUUUUCUUACAUGGGAAACCAAGGCUUGAUCUUGAAAUAUAUUUCAAUUUACCACACUAGUGUGAUAUUUCAUGAUCUGAAAAAGUUUUCCCAUACUUAAAAGUCAUGUCUAUUAAUGUCCUUAAAAAAUUGGGUUAGCCUAAUGAAAACAUUUUGCAUUACAGAUUUUUUGAGUUUUGCAUGCACCCUUAACGGUUUGCCCACUCCUGAAUUGGUAGAUAUGUUACUGUGUGCAGUGCAUAAUCUAUCACAAAUAAAUUGAAUAAUUUCAUUGGUUUUCUUUUGUGGAAAAGCUUUUCUUCCAGAUAUAAUACUAUUCUAUUGUACUGAUGUUCAAGCAUUAAUAUCAUGGAGCUAUGUUUAGAAUUUGCCCUAUCAACUUAAUUUGCAAUAUUAUGCUUAUUUGUUUAGAUUCUAUAACGGCUAUUAACGCUGUGCUGUAUCUAGUGGGCACAUUAUUUAUUUAAAAUUUAGAAGCCGCAUUUGACCCUGAUCUGCAAUAAUGUAAUAUCUGAGUGAUCAGAGCUUUACAGUUUUAGUUAGUAAACAGCCCGCUUGAAUACAUCGAUAAAAUCUGCCUCUAAUGAGGUUAAUAUUAAAAAAGCUAAAGUACAAAUGGGAAGGUUAAAAAAUUGACAAAGCACCCAAAUAACCAAUUCCCAAAUGUAUUAUAUCAAUUAAUGAAAAAAUGAAUGUGGAAACAGGAAGGUAAAUUUACAGUUACUAUGAGACAUGGGGGGUAAAUCCCAGGAAUAUCUACUUAACUAAUUUGAGUAAUGUGUGGUGAACUCCACAUGUACGGUGUAUUCAUUUCCGUCCCUAAUUUUUUCUUCUUCUUUAUUUGGUUGAACUUUCAUGCUCAUAAACACAUGUUCAUUACAUCAUUAGCUUGUGGCACUGAAAUGUAGCAGUAGCAGUAUAUUUUGUUGGGAAAUUGAAAUGCAUCCCUUGGCUGUGUCCAUAAGUAAUUAGGUCAAGAUACUGAAUAACUAUCUUUAUUAUGAAAUCAAUUGGCAGUCGGUGGCUGAAGCCACACAAGUGGAUGAAGUUUCUGAUCAAAUCACUUAUUGCCAUGGUUUGUAUCAGAACUUGACAUUUUACGCAGCCAUGUUCCAGUGUAUGACAUUCUAGGAAUUCUAUAACUGGAUGAUGUAAAACCACUGCAAGAAAUAAAAUCUAUAAAAACUAACGCAGUGCUGUGUCUAAAAUAAUUUAAUUUUAAUUAAAGCACUUCUGCCUUAUUCUGAAAAGAGUACAAAAUAUUUGACAGAGGUGGACCAAAUCCAACUCCAAACAAGGCUUCUCUUUUUUUAUGAUUACAUCAUUUUUUUAAAUAUUUUUUUUUUGACUUUAAAGCCCCUUUUAAAAAUUUUAAUCAAAUACUUGUCCAAUCUUGACAAGGUCAUCGGGGAGAAUUCUAGGAGGUAUGUUAGAAAAGAGAUCCUGUGGUUUCAUAUCUUCUCCAUCCUCCUCAAAUUAAUAAUAAAUUGCAGAACCCAAAUUUAAAGAAAACCAACAAAACUAAUUGAAAAAAUUGGUUACCGGUAGUCCAUUUCAGUGUUUAUAAUAAUAAUACUGCUACUAUAAAUUGAGUGUUUUCAGAGCAGUCAGAGCCAAAACUUCAAACUAAAAUAUUUUAUUUCAAUUUAUAAAUUCGUUCAUGUCAAUGAAUUUUGGUUAAGUUUGGAAUAAAUUUAAAAAAAAAAAAGAUUUUUUUUUUGAAAUAUUGUUUUUUUUUCUAUAAAGACAUCUAUGUGUGUAUUUAUGAAAUAAAAUGUGGUUUGUCUUAACUCACUAUAGUAGAAUGAUUUGAAGUGAUUUCUAAAUUUUUUAAAUAUAUAUAUAUAAAUACCUACCAAAUAUAUGAGAGCAGAAAAUAUAUAUAUAUAAAUAUCUACCAAAUAUGUGAGCAGAAAUACAGAACCUUUGGUCAUUUUUAUUUUCUAUCUGAACAUUCUUCUUCUUAAACAUUUAAACUUAAAACCAUUAUGUUAUUUCCAGCCUUCUGGUGAUAAGAAAAUGACAACUGGUUUGGAACUUAAAGGAUCUUUAAAAAAGUAAUUUCCAAAAAAAGGAAAGAAACACUACAUCCGUGCUUUACAGUUUGCAUGCAAAUAAAUCCGUAAAUGUACUGUUGUCUCAUUCAAGUUUGCAAACAUUACUAUGGAUAAUAAUUGAUGUUUUUUGGGGAACAAUAAACUCUUUAAC